AGGCAGAUGCCUAACCUGCUGAGUUCACCCAGGUGCCCCUGAAUUUGUUUUUAAAGUAGGGCUGACCAGGUCACAGAUGGCUCCAUGGUUUUUGGUGAGAAUAUCAAGGUAUUAGGAUUUGGCCAUGUUGAGUCUCAAAUGUUUCAGAGAUUCCCAAGUAUAGGUGACAGAUGGACAGCUGGUCCUGCAUUUCUCAAGAUGUCCACACUGUGGCAUCUGUUGUGUGUCCCAAGAUAGAGAUCUAGAACUCUGGAUCUCAUAUAGGAGGAGGCGUGUUCAGGUUACAGUGGCGUUGCCAUUGGAGGACAAGGGAGGAGAGCUGUGGAGGAUAGAUGGCACGAAGAUGGACAAGACAGAAUAGUAGUAAUCGGAAAUGCAGAGGGAGGUAUGGGGAGGGGAAAGUCCAACAGGUAGCCAGAUUUUCAGAGGAGUGAACAUGAGACCAGAGCAAUAAUGGUCAAACUGGUACUUAAUCACCCUUCUAGGCACUCACCCAACCAGGCUUUUGUGGUGGUUCUGUCAGGAAGUCAUAAGAUAGCUUACAUAAAAAGUGUGUUACUGGGACCUGGAUUAUACCUGGUAAAGUGGCAAGACACACAAAAUGUGCAAUGUAGAGGCAGAAUGUGACCAAGGGUAUUUAGAUCUGCAUGUGGUCUAAGCCAGGAACAAGGUCAGGUGGAGAAGCCCCUUCUUUGCAGGGCUGGAGGCCAUUGGAGGUUGGGAUUUAUUACUGCACUUGGCAUGCACUUCCUAGAUGCCACACACAGACAGAAGUCAGUUUUAUGGGCUAACUGGUGGUGGGGAUCAGAUGUAUGAUGGAGGUAUGGUCCAAUGAGUAGGAGUUUGAGAGAAUGCUAGGCCCAACAUGGUUAUGUCUGGGAGGCAUGAUCCUGGGGGACUCACAUAUGUCUUACAGGAAAAGGAUGGGGGUCCUGCAUCUGAGGCCCAGAGAUCAGAAGGCAUCACUCUGACCACCUGCCUCUUUGUUGAAACUGGGGCUCUGUGACCUUUGAGGAAGUGGCUGUGUACUUUUCCCAGGAGGAAUGGAGGCUUCUUAAUGAGGCUCAGAGACAACUGUACCGUGAUGUGAUGCUGGAGGUCUUUGCACUUGUUGCGUCGCUGGGUAAGGCCCCUCACACCAACCCCAGUGUCCUGGGCUAAUCUGUCUUUCCUCUUCUUUCUGGCUGCUGACGCUGGGGCAUAUAUAUGACACCUGGUUUCACAAAGAGCUCACCAACCAAUCCCCAGUUCUGAAGCUCUUUCAGUAACAAGUUCCAGGAUAUUUUUGUUUCCUGAGGUGGUUUUGGGAUUGGCUGCCCUGGACCAGUGCUGCCCACUUACCUGUCCUGUCUUUCCCUUAAAGGCUUGCAUCUUCUAGAUCCCAUGUUGUCCAACUGGAACUGGGAGAACACCACAUAACAUGACAAAGUGGGCAUGACUCCAACUGGGGGAGGAUGUGAUACAGAGCUGGGAAUCCUAUCAGGAACAUGUCGUGUCCUGGGCUCAAACACUGUUUGGUGCCAAGGUCAGAGGCUUCUCCCCUUUUUUGACGUUUUGCCCACUUGUCAUUUUUCCUCUCAGAAGAGACCUAGGAGUAUAUCCCUCCCCUGUCUUCUACCCUUCAUUGGGGUCGCCACUGAUCAUUGCUCCUUCUGCUGUGCUCUCCAACAUUGGCCUACACUUACUGUGUUGUACAGUCUGUAUGUGCCCAUACCCUUAAAAUAAUGCUUGAACACUGGUAUAACCAAGGCACUGGCAAGAACACAUUUCCGAAGAUAUGAGUUGCGGACCCAGCCCCUCCUCCCUGUGGUACACCCCAUCCAUGUUUCUUCUGCAUGGUUGUGGGCAUGGAACAGAGGAUGAGGCAGCACCUUCUGAGCAGAACGUUUCUGUAGGACGGUCACAGAUAAAUUCUACCAAGAAGGCCUACACCCAGGAACGUGGCCUGGACUCAGAAGGUGAUUUGCAUUCACCUUCUGAGUGCCUGGGAACAAACCCUGGCCAGAAACUGUGUGGGACACAGGGGACCGUUCACCAGCAUCAGAAGGAGCACAGUGGAGACAAACCCCUCAGAAGGAACGCAAAGAGCUGUGUAACACACACAUCAAGGAAGCCCUUCCCUGAGAGCUCAGGUCUUCUCCAGCACCAGCUCAUUCACAGCCAGGGGCCACCACCUAAGGACACCAGCUGUGCAGAGCCUUUUCGCAACGGACAAAAGCACUAUAAGUGCAGUGAAUGCGGGAAAGCCUUCUGUCGCAAAUACAGACUUGCUCAGCAUCAGAGAGUCCACACUGGAGAAAGGCCUUAUGAGUGCAAUGAGUGUGGGAAAACCUUCAGCUACAAACACAUACUUGUUCAGCACCGGAGAGUCCAUACUGGAGAGAGGCCUUAUGAAUGCAGCGAAUGCAGAAAAGCCUUCAGUAACAAACCCACGCUUGUUCGGCACCAGCGAAUUCACACUGGAGAAAGGCCUUAUGAGUGCAGCCACUGUGGGAAAUUCUUUAGCCAAAGCUCCAGCCUUAGUGAACAUCAGAGAAUUCACACUGGGGCACGGCCUUAUAAAUGUAGUGAGUGUGGAAAAUUCUUCACCUCCAACUCCAACCUAAUUAAACACCGGAGAGUGCACACAGGAACAAGGCCUUAUGAAUGCAGUGAAUGUGGGAAAUUCUUUAACCAAAGUCCCAGCCUCAUUAAACACCAGAGAAUUCACACUGGUGAAAAGCCUUAUGAAUGCAGUGAAUGUGGGAAACUCUUUAGCCAAAGCUCCACCCUCAUCAAGCACCAGAGAGUUCACACUGGAGUAAGGCCUUAUAAGUGCAAUGAAUGUGGGAAACUUUUUAGCCAAAGCUUUGGCCUCACUCAACACCAGAGAGUUCAUACUGGAGAAAAACCCUAUGAGUGCAGUGAAUGUGGAGAAUUCUUUAGCCAGAGCGCACAACUUACUCAGCACCGAAAAGUUCACACCACAGAAAGCCCUCAUGAGUGCAGCAACUGCGGCAAAGUCUUCAGCCAAAGGUCUGCUCUGAUUGACCACCAGAAACUUCACAGCCUAGCUAGACCUUACAAGUGCACUGAAUGUGGGAAAGCCUUCAGCCGCAGGUCUAACCUCAUUCGACACCAGAAAGUGCACACCGGAGAAAGGCCUUACAGUGGAGGUGGAGAUAGCAGGGAAUGAGCCAGGUGUUGAACACAGGAACAUACCACAGAAGCCUAACACCCCCACAUGUCUAAAUACGCAGGUUGUAGGGAGCGAUGUUCUUUCUAACCUGUCCAGGGCCCUUGCCACAUUUGUCACUGCAACUUUCUCGGUGGGUGUCCCAACUUUGUAUGCGUCAGUGGGGAUAGAUCGUAUCAUGGCACAGGCUAGCGGUCACUCUGGUUUUGGCCUAAUUUACAUUGCAGCCCAAAGCCUCCUAGGAUAGACUACAGGGCAGUGCUUUUUAUGUGACUAAUCUUAUAAUCCAGAUGUUGGGGUUUUCUGUGGGUCUAGAGGUCUCUCUGAGAGGACAGCUGCAAGAAUCCUGUGUUUUUUGAUUCAGCUUCUCUUUUUCACCUUGGAGGUUCACAUAAGGUCCCCAGGUCCCAAGAGAGAGGUUUGGAAGGCUGGUCUCCCUGACUCCAGGCGUCAGGUAGGAACCACGUUCAGUACAAAAACACUGGGGACAGUAGGCAGUGACGAAAAAAAACGGCAAACUGGAGGGACUGUGGCUUACAGUAAAGGUUCUUGCAGAAAUUCUGAGGCCCUUUGGAGCUUAACUGCUCCUCUUGCUCUCCAGUUAAAGAAAGGUGGGCAAAGGGAGAGUUGAAAACAGAACUAAGAAGUCCAGACCUCCGAAGGCAGUAGGUAUGUGGUUUUUAUGACCAACGGAGACUUGGCUUCCCCAUUUCCUUGAACCUGUGCAGGUGAGCUCCAGUGGAAUUGCUUGCCAGCUAGUACACACAGGAGAGCUCCCACUAUGAAACCUAGGGUCGCCAAAUUCCUACUUUUUCCAAAGAGAGGUUCAGAUCUUUAUCUGAAACCAUUUCUGCUUGGCAUGCAAUAUACUUAAAAUGUACUUUGUAAGGUCACACUUCAAAAUGGGUGUGCACAAAACAAAAAUGCAACAGCUGGUACACUAAUAAAUUUUAACCGUAAGUAUUUUCAUCUUUUAACUCUGGCCGCCCAGGCAAAUACUAUUUUGUGUUCUCUAAAAUUUUACAUCAUUGGAAUCUUAAAGUGGGUACCACUCUUAAAAAGUUGGCUUAAGGGUACAUAAGUGCAUAAUUAAUACUCUGACAGCAUUGAAUAGUGCGAUUUUUUUUAAUUGCCAAGAUGAUUCACUUAUUUGUUCAUCCAUUCACCUAACAGAUUGGUUUUCUGCAGCUUGCUGUGAACAUACAAAUCCUCUCAAAAUGGGUUUUGAUACAGCUAGCCGUGCAAUGCCUGAGUCUCUAAAGGGCUGGUGGUUACUCUGGUUCUUCUGUCAUCCUCCCCACUUGAAACAUGGUCACCUUUGUUCCAGUCUUUGUCAUUAGUGGCUUUAAAAGGUGUGUAGUGGUGGGGCACCUGGGUGGCUCAGUCGUUAAGUGUCUGCCUUCGGCUCGGGUCAUGGUUCCAGGAUCCUGGGAUCG